GUUGAAAAAGAAGUAAAAGGGAUAAACGUAGAGAAGAAAAUAACAGAGAGGAACCAAUGCCGUUACUCUGCCAUUCUCAAAGCCGAUUCCCUUUAGAAACCUAACCAUAGCAGAGCAUCUGAAACUAACAUCUCCCAUGGCGGCACCGGUCUGGCUAUGGGCUUUUUCUGUAUCCCUAACCCUGAUUCCCUCCGUCUUCGGAAACUCGGAUGUAGAUGCUCUUUACGCUUUGAGAAGAAGCUUAACGGAUCCGGAUAACGUGUUCCAGAGCUGGGAUCCGACCCUUGUUAACCCUUGUACUUGGUUCCACAUCACUUGUAACCAAGAUAAUAGAGUCACUAGAGUAGAUUUAGGUAAUUCCAACCUGUCUGGACAUUUGGUACCGGAGCUUGGGAAGCUUGAGCAUUUGCAGUAUCUGGAGCUUUACAAAAAUAACAUCCAAGGAACCAUCCCUACUGAACUUGGGAACUUGAAGAGCCUCAUCAGUUUGGACCUAUAUAACAACAACAUCUUGGGCACCAUUCCCCCUUCACUAGGGAAAUUGAAGUCUCUUGUUUUCUUGCGGCUUAAUGACAACAAGUUAACUGGAGCUAUCCCUAGGGAACUUGUUGGUAUUUCAAGCCUCAAAGUUGUCGAUGUCUCAAAUAAUGAUUUAUGUGGAACAAUUCCUACCAGUGGACCAUUUGAGCACAUUCCUCUGAACAACUUUGAGAAAAACCCUCGACUCGAAGGUCCUGAGUUGCUGGGGCUUGCAAGUUAUGACACACACUGUUCGUGAAGGACAGAGUGACGCUGCAAAGCUUUGAAUUAGAUAUGUACUAACAAGAUUUUAAGUGUAUUAUCACACAGCAUAAUGGGGUUUGUCAAAUGCAAUCCCUAAUAUAAUUAAUCUGUAAAUCUGAAUACCAGCGUGACUGUAUCAGCAUUUGUAACACAAUUAUCCUACUCUUUCCAAGAUGUUCAAGACAACUAGCAUUGAUGUAAUGGUAGCGACAAGUUUACGUCUGGUGUGCAUCCUUGAUUUGGCUUACUUGCAAUCUGGUUUCACGUCACAUUUAGAAUGUCUCUGGAUUCCACAGGCUACAUUCCAGCAAAAUGCCCCAGUGGUAUUGAUGCCUAAUGGUAUUGUUAUAGUAACGCAGGUGCAGCAGCAAGGGACAAGUUGAACAUAAACAUUGUUUAGGUUGUAAAUGUAUGCAAGCAAGCAACUCUGUUUUUGGAUCCAUAGAACAUAAAUAAAGGUAGUUCAAAGCCUCUUCCUAUAUCCCAUUUUGCAGAAAGUACAAAAGUUUGAAUCAACUAUCAGCCCUUCCUUCUUAGGAUCUUAAUGUAAGCCAGAAACAGCUUGUAAUUAAACAAAUUUUCAAGUGGCAUUCCCAGAUUGUUGGCUUGAUGG